GAAAAUGAUGAUUGUUUCACAGCAUAGCAGCAGCCUGUUGGACAGUACACUAUGCAAAACGUAUCCUGGAGACUUUGUUUGUCCACCGGUUUUCCCAUGCCACUAUGCCCAUCAUGAACCUGUUCAAGAACUGCUCCUACUAUUGGCUGUUUACAGCAUACGUCGCCUACCAUGUGAACCAUCCCCUGUACACCUCUCCCAGUGACCUACAAGUGUACCUGUCUCUCGCUGCGUUCAUUCUCAGUGAACUGGGGAACUUCAGUAUUCACUUGGCCUUGCGUAACUUGAGGCCACCAGGAACAACUGUACGCAAGAUCCCAGUGCCAACAGGUAACCCGCUGACUGCACUGUUUAACUUUGUGUCUUGCCCCAACUAUACAUACGAAUUCUUCAGUUGGGCCGCCUUCACGAUGAUGACUCAAUGCCUACCUGCUGGGCUCUUUGCACUGGCUGGCAUGUACCAGAUGACAAUCUGGGCUCUCGGGAAGCACCGUAAUUACAAGAAGGAGUUCUCCAGUUAUCCCCGUCAGCGGAAGGCUAUUCUUCCGUUCCUUCUCUGAACAGUUACCAGUAGACGGUUACUCUGUGCUGAACGACUAGAGUACUAACAUUAGUAAUUCACCAACAAAUAGUUUAGUCAUACUUUUACAGUGUUUGAACAUUCCUUUGUAACAAUAGAUGGUUAAUUUAUUCUUUGUGUUAAUUUUUGUAGACAUUAUUUUAACAAACAUCAAUUUCAUCCAAUUACAUGAACAUUUAAAAUAACUGUAGUACAUUCAUUUAAAACUGGCGGGUUAAGGUCAAGCUAUCAAUGGAUCAGAUGAUGAAUAUUUCAUCAUGUCAUGCAUUGUUUAUAAUGUCAACAUUGUUUACAUUGUUAUGUAUUGUAAACAGACUAGAGUGAUGUGUUAUUCUUCCAUAAUAGUAUAUUUAUAUGCACGAGUUUUAAAUUAAUCUAGUUUAGUGACAUUCAAAUUUAUAAAAGAGAAUAAUCUUUCAUGUGCCUAACUCUUUUUAGCAGUACAGUACCUCUAGUUCAGUACAGUAGGAACUGUGUUGUUUUGUUUUUGUUUGUUGUUAUUUAUAUUUUAAAUAUGUCAUUGAAGAACAUCAUCUCAUUUAAUACCUACGAAGAUAAUUGAAUAUUUAAUGCUCAAUACAUUUUUUUGUAUUUUUUAGUUUUGUUAUUAACACUUAGUUUUUACUGUCUUAUUAGUUGAGUCCUAGGAAGUAGUUAAUUAAUUUAAUGGGGUGAUGUGUUUAUGUUUAAUUGAUUGUAAUUUUAGUGUGGUUAAUUUAUAAUGAAUGCAGUAAACUUAUUAGCUGAACAUAAUUUAUCCAGUUCCAUGUAAUCGGUUAUUGCGCCUUCCCUCUAAGAAAAAAGUUUCUCACUUUAGCAUUAAGAUUAUAAAUUACAUACAUUGUAAGAGACAAACCAAUUUGUUUUUUGAUCAUAACUAAAGUUUCGACUAUUGUUACAUUUUCUAACCUGUUUUUGAUCAACUAUUAUUUCACCUCACCAUUCAAGCAUAUUGGUGAAUUCAUUCAAGUUUAAAGUUGUCAGUGUUGUACAAAUCUGAGACAACUGAUAUUAUUGUGGAAUUUUGUUUUUGACAAUGGAAGGAUUGUGAAGGAAACAGGAUUUUUCUGGACAUUUGCCAUCGUUCAGUGAUACAGAAAAAUCAGUAACACUACGUUUCGAGAUCUGCAAUCUUCUUCAGGUAAAUAACUAACCUAACACAUAAUAUUACAAAAUAUGUUAAAACAAACAAAUCAUACCAGAGCGUUGUAACACAUGUAAAUCAGGAAAAUCCUGAUUCCUUCACUAUUGUGGAGAUAAAACUAUUUCCGCACCCUACUUCCCUUAUCACCUUUUGGCGUAGCCACAUUGUUAUAUCACCUGAUUCUUAGUAUGAGGCGAUGCUUGUUCCGAGUCUCAGUUUGUUCCAGUUGUUUACAUCCAUUUUGUUCUUGGGUUCGAUUAUUCUGUGAAUUUUUAUUUUAUUAUUAUUUUUGACUUACGUUCUGUGUUGUAGUGUAAAUACAUGUUAAUUUACAUCGUGAAGGUAAAACAUUCUGGAAGAUUGAUGAGAGGUAAAGAUGAUUAGUAACGGUUGCUCAAUUUUCAAAUCUAAUCAAUUGUCCCAUCACUAAUUAUUCUUGCAUUGAUAGCCGGGCUUAGAUACCCAGGCUUGCAUUGAUAUUUCUCAUACUAUAGUGGUAAGCAAUGUAAAAGACAAUCCAGAAGUUUGAGAUCAACAAUUCCCCAUCAUUUACCAAGUGUAGAAGACAACAAAUUAAUCAACCUCAUGGCCAAUACUUCAGUCUGAAUGAGAAUAUGACAUUUAAUUGGAAUUUUACACAAAACCUUAUGCCAUUUUAUUUAAACUAGAAUUAAAAUCUCUGAUAGUGGAUUGAUUUGUUUAGUUUAAAUGCCAAGCAGUUAAUGUGUCAUUUAGUACAACAUACAUAUUUCCCUUCAAUUAUUAAGCAUAAAUUAAUUUAUAUUCAAUUUUAAAUUCUGUCUCAUUCUAUUAAAUUACCUACACCGUAAACACCCAAAAACACCUUCAAAACACCCAAAAAACACAUUUAAAAUAUCCAAUCAAGUAAAUGCCAGUAUCCUACUGGAAAUUAUGUUCAGCAAAACCUAUACUAUUAAGGGUAAUUUUAAGAAAUCAUUUUAUCCAAGGAGGUGAGACAGUUGCUCAUAUUAUUCCUAUAUUGUUGGUACAAGUACUUUUAGUAACUUGUUUAAAUGAUGUUAUGCUUCCUAGUCUUGAAGCCACUGUAUCCCCUGUUAUCAAUACUUCCAGAGAUUGCCAAACCAAAGAAAAACAAACAAGAAUAGAGAAAAUGUGUUGAUUGAUUGAUGACAUUGUUUUCAUGGAGCGUAGGGGAUCUGGAAAACUAUUGUAGCCUGGAAGUAAAUAACUACUAUUGUGUAUGGUGAGAAAGAGACCUUACUUGAUAUUUUUCUUUGCUGUCUCAAAUAACACCAUGACUACUACAUAAACACACCAAUUAAACUAAUCGUAAGCACUUUUUAUUUUACACAAAAUAGGUGGUAUCUAACAUUGCAUGUUUGUUACAUUUUUAGAAUUAAAUGAAUAUUUUUUGUUUUUACCGUUUUACCUUGUGUUCCCAUUUUUACAUUUUUCUAUGUUUAUAGUGUAAUUUAUGUCUUUUUAUAUUCUGUCUUCAAAUUCAUAUUAUUUAAAGUUUUAUUUGUAGAAGUGUAGUUAUAAAUUUGUGUUGAAAUAAAUUUUAAAUGUUUGAAUAAAAA